UCCACUAACAAUGAUUUUCUCAUACAAAAAUGGUGUUUGGUUCUAGAAAAUGGUAAAAUUGAGUUAUAUAAGCAGAGGCGCUGGCUGGAGUAUAGCCACGCAGAUGGCAUUCUCUGUCUUCAAACUUGUUCUCUCGUCAUUCCUUCUCUGCAUUUUCUUUCAGGAACCUACCAAUGCUCUUAGAAAGACCUACGUUGUGUACAUGGGAGCACAUUCCCACGGUCCUGAUCCUUCGCCUACUGAUCUUGAAACAGCCACAAACUCACAUUAUGAUUUACUGGCUUCUGUCUUAGAAAGUCAUGAGAAGGCCAAGGAAGCAAUUAUGUACUCGUACAAUAAACACAUCAAUGGCUUUGCGGCCCUACUUGAAGAGGAAGAAGCAUCGGAGAUUGCAAAAAACCCAAAUGUAGUUUCUGUUUUCUUGAGCAAAGAGCACAAAUUGUUCACUACGAGGUCAUGGGAUUUUCUUGGACUGGAAAAAAAUGGAAGAAUUCCUGCAAACUCCACUUGGAGGAAAGCAAGAUUUGGAGAAAAUGUAAUCAUCGCUAAUAUCGACACAGGCGUAUGGCCCGAGCACCCGAGUUUCAGCGGCAAAGGAUAUGGGCCGAUCCCUGCAAAGUGGCGCGGGAAAGGUGUCUGUGAGAUCGACGGUUUCAAUGGCACAAACAAAUAUUUCUGUAACAGAAAGCUGAUAGGAGCAAGAACGUUUAGCAAAAGCUACGAGGCGGAAGUGGAGAAGGUUGAGCGAAACGCACGUGACUUGGUAGGGCAUGGUACCCACACGCUGUCAACCGCAGGUGGUAAUUUUGCUCCUGGAGCAAACGUGUUCGGCAACGGCAAAGGCACUGCCAAGGGAGGGUCCCCGAGAGCUCGCGUUGUAGCCUACAAAGCAUGCUGGCACAAAUUGGACGUUGGAGGCUGCCAAGAGGCUGACUUAUUAGCAGCAUUUGAUUACGCCAUACAUGAUGGCGUUGAUAUCAUCUCUGCUUCUGUGGGUUGGUCCACUCCCUAUGCUGAAGCUCUCUUAACUGAUGCCAUUUCCAUUGGCUCAUUCCAUGCAGUUGCCAAAAACAUUCUCGUUGUUUCCUCUGCUGGGAAUAACGGCCCAGCACCUAAAACUGUCACCAAUGUCGCACCCUGGUCCUUCACCGUGGCAGCUAGCACAAUGGACAGGGAUUUUCUCAGCAACAUUUCUCUUGGCAACGGACAAUACAUUAAGGGUGCCAGUCUUAAUCGAGGCCUACCAUCAUCUUCGCGAAAGUUCUAUCCCAUGAUUGAUUCAGUCGACGCUAAACUUCCUAAUGUGUCCAUUAAUGACGCUCUUGUUUGCAAAGCGGGAACACUUGAUCCGAGCAAAGUAAGGGGAAGGAUACUAGUGUGCCUCCGAAGGGAUAAAAUACAAUCAGUUAGUGAGGGACAAGUGGGUGCCCUAGCGGGCGCAGUGGCUGUUUUUGUGAAAAAUGAUAAGCAAAGUGGAAAUACACUUCUCGCCGAGCCUCAUAUUUUACCUGCUGCAAGUAUCAGUGGAACGGAGCGUGAAGAUCAAGGAGGUUCCAACCCCUUCGCUGAAAUCAAAGGAAAAAAGAGCGCGGAGCUUUUAGCUUACAUUACUGCUGCAAGAACAUAUGUAGGAGUAAAGCCAGCUCCCAUCAUAGCUGGAUUCUCUUCCAGGGGUCCCAGUGUCGUGCAACCGUUGAUACUAAAGCCAGACGUAACUGCUCCUGGUGUGAACAUAAUUGCUGCUUUUACGCAAGCCGCGGGUCCGUCUAACCUUGCAUCGGAUCAACGUCGGGUUCUUUUCAAUGUGCGACAGGGAACUUCUAUGUCUUGCCCUCAUGUCGCUGGCAUUGCGGGUCUUCUCAAAGCUUAUCAUCCUAAUUGGAGUCCAGCUGCUAUCAGAUCUGCUAUUAUGACUACAGCUACAACACUAGAUAACACGAAUCAACCAAUUAAGGACGCAUUUGAUGAGGUGGCAACUCCAUUCGAAUACGGCGCUGGACACGUUCAGCCUAACCAUAUUAUUCACCCUGGACUCGUUUAUAAUUUAAGCACAACCGAUUACUUGAACUUCUUAUGUGCUUCUGGUUACAACCAAGCUUUACUCAAGUUGUUUGGAAGUUUGAAAUUCUCUUACACUUGUCCAAAGCAUUAUAGAAUUGAAGAUUUCAACUAUCCUUCAAUUUCGGUGCAUCAUCCUGGGUCAAAGUCUGUGAAUGUUACUCGUACAGUUACAAACGUUGGGCCUCCAAGCACAUAUGUUGUGAAGGUUCACGGGCCCAAGGGGAUUAAGGUUAUUGUUCAACCAAGUUCGUUGACUUUUAAGAAAACCGGAGAAAAGAAGAAGUUUCAGGUUAUUCUGCAGCCAAUUGGUGUGCCCCGUCACGAGUUUCCUUUAUUUGGGAAUUUGUCUUGGACAGAUGGCAAUCACAGAGUAACCAGCCCAAUCGUGGUGCUGUAACCUUAGAAAUUACUCUCGGGCAUUGUCAUUUGAGUGUGUUUGAGUUUGCUAUUUUAGGCUGUAAUAUAAGCGUGUUUUCUGCUCCUGUUGUAUUCAAAUAUGGUAUUGGAGCUAUGUUUCUAAUAACCACACUCGAUCGUCAUCAUGUAUGUAUGGAACCUGUAUCUUUCAAAGUCCCAUAAAUGGUUGAGACCCAUCUCUAAAUAAUAUUAAAUAAUUUUAGCCUCUAACCUAUA